AUGGCAACCCCAUUGUCCCUCUUUCUUCUUUUCUUGCCUUUCUUGGCUCCAUCCUCCAUUUUCUCGGCCACUUUUCUAGUUCAAGACACUGAGCAGGUUGUUCAACAAGUCAGCGAGAGCAUAAGGAAUGCUACUAUAGCUAGGAGGAACCUGGGAUUUUUCUCGUGUAAAACCGGUAAUCCGAUCGAUGACUGUUGGCGGUGCGAUCCUAAUUGGGCGAAGAACCGUAAGAGGCUAGCCGACUGCGCCAUUGGGUUCGGUAAGCGUGCCAUUGGUGGACGGAACGGGAGAUAUUACGUUGUGACAGAUCCGAGUGACAGUGAUCCGGUCAACCCUAGACCCGGCACCCUUAGGCAUGCUGUUAUCCAAGACAGACCGUUGUGGAUCGUUUUCGCUCGUGACAUGGUGAUCAAGUUGAAGGUCGAGUUGUUGAUGAACUCGUUUAAGACAAUCGAUGGCCGAGGCGUCAACGUUCACAUCGCUGGGGGGCCGUGCAUUACUAUACAGUACGUGACCAAUAUUAUAAUCCAUGGGAUUAACAUACAUGAUUGUAAGAGAGGUGGGAAUCUUUAUGUGAGGGACUCUCCUAGGCAUUAUGGUUGGAGAACUAUAUCCGACGGAGACGGCGUGUCGAUAUUCGGAGGCAGCCACAUUUGGGUGGACCAUUGCUCGUUGUCUAAUUGCAACGACGGACUUAUCGACGCCAUCCACGGAUCGACGGCAAUCACCAUUUCUAACAAUUACAUGACCCAUCAUAACAAAGUCAUGUUGUUAGGCCACAGUGACACUUACACGCAAGACAAGAACAUGCAGAUCACCAUUGCCUUCAACCACUUUGGAGAAGGGCUUGUGCAAAGAAUGCCUAGAUGCAGGCACGGAUAUUUUCACGUCGUGAACAACGAUUAUACGCAUUGGAAAAUGUAUGCCAUCGACGGAAGUGCUAACCCUACCAUCAAUAGCCAGGGAAACAGAUUUCUUGCACCAGAUAAUAAGAAUAGUAAAGAAGUGACUAAACACGAGGAUGCACCAAGGAGAAGAUGGAAGAAUUGGAAUUGGAGGUCAAGUGGGGAUUUGAUGUUGAACGGAGCGUUCUUCAGACAAACCGGCACCACUGCGUCGUCAGUUUAUGCAAAGGCGUCGAGCCUGAGUGCUAGACCGUCUUCUCUCGUCAGCUCACUAACGUCCGGAGCCGGUGUACUGGUUUGCAAGAAGGGGCGAAGCUGCUAG